AUGCUUAACUGCUCUUUACCCGUGGGAUCUACAGUCAUUGAUCUCAACAGCAUCGUUGUAGAUGAUGACUGUACUUCAACGAGUAACUUCUUCAUCAACGAUUCCAAGCAAACAUUUCAAGUGAGGGUCGACAGGCUGGUACUACUGAGCAGCCUAGACUUUGAGGCCCAGACGGAGCAUUUGAUCAACUUGACAGCCACCACAACU